UCCCAGGGAAAGCCAAGAGCAAGAGGCAUGAGUCUACCACGGAGUGCUUUCCGCCCAGCAACCGCGUCAUCUGACGAGUCUUCAAUAGCAAGCCCUCGAACUCCGACUGGACCUUUCGAAUCGCCUUUCAUCCAGGUACAUCAGGGGCCCUCGCGCUCGCAGCACUUUAGAGACUCUGUUAUAUCGAGCUCGACGUCUCUCUAUCCCAAGUCGACCUCGACCGACUCUGACUUUGAAUCAUCAUGUCCGCGAUCACCCAAAAAGCGAGGUCACGAUUUUGGUCUGGAUGCUAUCGGCCACACCGACUUUGAUGUCGACGACGUCUCGUAUCGACUACGGCUCCUCGUUAAUAAUAGCUACUUUCUACCCCCUGCGCAUUCGAAACCGUCCCCGCUGUCGCUGGUUCCGCCAAAGCUACCCACUGAGCAGAAACGAUCACCCAGCUCUGGCUUCUUGGACUUCUUUCGGAAAGCGAAAUCGAAACCGACGACACCUCUAUGUCAGAGCCCGCCAGCUAUUGAUGACCUCCAAGGCCCCAUUCUAAGGACAACAUCCGACUCCACGACUGCUUCCGGACACGUGCCUCGCCCGAAAGCUCACUCUUCUCCCGUGACGCCGUUAACCCAAUCUGCCGCGCAUCCCCCAGCAAGCAGGGUCGUCGUACUUCGCGAGCAGAUGGACGAUUUGUUGGAGGCAGCGAAGCAAGCCGAGCGAGAUCUCAAAACCAAGGAGGACAGCCGGAAAACGAAGAGCCAUGAGACAGCGCAUGAAAGAGAUCUAUUCCAUGAUGUUGUCGAUCCUACCGACAUUGUUGAUCUGCCGCCUCUGCCGGCUAACUAUCCCUUCCCAGUUCAGGCCUCCGCGCUACAUGGUCUGGGACCAGGCGAGUCGCUCGGCGCGGACCUACUUGCGGACCGUUUGCCACCGAGUCCCGGAAUGUGGUCGAUGUCCUCAGAAGAGUCGUCGUGGCGAAAGGCGAUCCUCCAGGAGGCCGUCAGCCUGUCGCUCAGCCCUGAGACGUCGAGCUUUUCGGUAUCUCCGAAAUCUCAACGAGUACAAAGUCCGUCGUCGUCGUUUCGCUCGGAGGCUAGUGACAAGGCUGAGGAAAUUGAGGCCACGCCGACUUCCCGGAUUGUGCCCUUGCUAGGUCAGCGGAUAAUGGAACCUUCCGCCGUCAGCGCCGAGAAGGACGAUGCACGGGCAUUGUCGCCGCUCUCUGCGCUUCAAGGGUUACAGUCCACCAGCCCUGUGCAACGUACCUUAGCAGCACCUCCGGAUAUGUUGAGCUCGUCGUGGAGGAAUUCGCAGCUGCCGGGUCGUGUGGAGACGCCAGCCGCCAUGCUUCCUCUGGCUCCUCCACCAUUCCGCAAACACCUCUCGCACCCACAGUUCUCAGCGUCAGUUGGCGAGCCUGCGAAAGGUGCUCACCCAGAGUCAGACCGUGACUCGCUCAGUGUCAUUCGGAAGGCCAUCUCGUCACCGGAGCUGGACACCUUGCAUGACAAGCACAAGGCGGCACUUUCGGGAGGAUCCAUGGAAGAAUCUAUUGAAAGCCGCUUGGACCGCUUAGGGAUGUUUUCCCCACCGGUACCGGGAUUCGAGGAGAAGUCUGAGGGUGAGCCAUCACAGGAGAUCCGUCCUUCGACCAGCAUGCGAGACACUCUAUGCACAGAUGAUGACGAUUUGUCGUAUGUUACACCUGGUGACUUCGAGGAGGCACCUAGAGUGUCUAUGACGCUCUCUAUCCCGACGAUAGGCCGGCUUUCAAUGGAAGAUGAUGAACACCCUUCCCCUACCGUAUCUGCAUUCGAAGGCGCAGUGUUUGGAAGUUGUCGUGCCCCUUCACCUCUGCUGUCCCGCCGAAGUUACGUUGGUGCUAUUGGAGCGCGUCCCACGUCAACGUUGUCGAGAAUGGACGUCUCGUCGCCACCUCCCCGACCUUCUUCGUCUCUUGACGCAACGAUACUGCCUCCCCCACCGCGUUUACCGGCAGCGAGGCCUGUCUUCACUCGGCCAUCAACUUCCUCGGGACGCUCGUCUCAUUCGUCUCAACCUAUGCACACUGCUGCGGAAGAGCCAGGGUCCGAGGCCAACCCCAGCCUUUCACCUUCUACAUUUACAUCGCAACUUUAUUCUUCAUCACGCUCGUUGUCUGCGCGACGCAGUCGCCAGUCUGGUCUGUCGUUACUGAUCCCGUCUGGCUUUAUAACCCCUUCUAUCCAUUCGGCGCCGGCGCCAGCGUCACCGACUGCGUUCUUUGACAGGAUACAAUCGCACCCGAAUGCCAUGGACGAUCUGGAGACGUCCGAAGAGAGCGACACCGAGAGCCUCGCACCGGCUGGCGGGCCGGCUCGGGCGCCAUCUCCGUCCGGGCCCCCGGAGGCCCUCACCGAGACACACCCCAAACCGUUGUCGGCGCGGACGUCCUUCGCGAGCUCGCGCAGCGCAAAGAGCUCGCGGCCGUCCUUGAUGCGCCUCGGCAACCACUCGACGCCGCACCUCACGCCCAAGUCGUCGAGGGAGGACGCGUCGUCCGUCAUGUCGUUCGACAUCGUCGAUCGCAAGGUUCCCAUCGGGUACAUCGCGCCCCGGAACGCGGCAGCCUCGAGGUCGUGGAAGAAGGGCAAGGGCAUCGCCAACCUGCCGCCUCUGCCGCUCAGUCGCGAGCUGAGAGACUCGCCGCCUGUUCCGGGACCGUCGAGGAUACCGCGCCUGACGCCCACGCGGAGACCGGCGACGUUCGGCGACGCAGAGGGGAGGAGGGUGACGCAGCGGGAGUCGAUCCAGCGCUUCGACUCGCUGCUGCUCGAGCACAUUGCCUCGGAGCGGGACACGCUGAAGAGAAUCACGACCAACAUCUCCAACGCUUCACGCCGC